UGUCAACACAUACACUUACAGCAUGAACCACUCAGCUGAGCAGCGGUCGCCAGAGGAAAGGGCCCCUGAGGAGUUUGAUGGCAAGACAGUAAUUGCGUGUGUGAUCCUGGGCCUGUCAUUUCUGGUAGGAGCUCCGGGGAACCUGCUGGUAAUCUGGACUAUCCUGAGACAUGUCAAGCAGCGCUCCCACACUGUGCUGCUCAUCCUGCACCUGGCUGUUGCUGACCUGCUGGUCCUCAUCACCCUGCCUCUUUGGAUCUACUCCCUGGCGAACAACUUGGUGUUUGGAGGAGCCUUCUGCAAAGCCAUGGUGUUCAUGAUCCAUGUCUGCAUGUUCAGCAGCAUAUUCUUUAUCACCCUUAUGAGUGUGGAACGCUAUUUAGCUGUCUGUCAUCCAUUUUUAAUGAUGCGCUGGAAGAACAAAGGCAUUAUGAUCAGAUGUCUUGCACUUCUGUGGUUCCUCGCUUUGCUUCUAGGAGUGCCUGCAAUACUGACUUCGCCUAUGGAUGAAAGCAAUGUAACUGAGUCAUGUUUCAUUAAGGAAUUCAGCUCUGUGGCUCAAGCGAUCAUCUUGUUAUGUCUAGAGUCUGUGGCAGGUUUUCUGGUCCCUUUUGUCAUUCUAAGUAUCUGUUACUGUCUAGUAGCUGCCCAGCUAAGGAAAAUGAAUUACAACUCCAAACGAAAAUCUAUGGUGCUUGUGCAUGCUGUGGUGAUAGCCUUCACAUUGUGCUGGUUGCCUUGGCAUAUUAUCAACAUAAUUGAUGUGGUGUGCAUCCUAUUUUCAGGCACAGAACAUGAAUGUGUUCCGGAGAGUGUUGUCUUCACCUCUGGAGCUAUUGUUUUUAUCAGCAGUUCAGUGAAUCCUGUAUUAUACGUCCUCUUCGCAAGGAACUUACGAGGGAGUUUGGAGCAGUCCCCCCUGGUCAGGCUUUUCCAGGAAAUGGUCUCUCACACGAACAAACUCAGAGAGCUGGUAAUACAGCAUCAGACAGGCCAGAGGGCAGCAAAUACACAGGUGGAGCUGAUGAGCAAUUCUGAAACAAGUUGAAUCCUCGAAACUGUGAUGAUCGGGAAAUGGGACAUUCUUCUUCUGCAGUUCAUUAAGGGACUAUGCUUUUUUAUGAAGGCCUUUAUAUGAUCGAAGGCUUUGAAAGACUGUAUGUCACAUGGUACUUAAUGCAUUCUCAUCAUUGAAACCACCCUUCCUCUCCUAUCUUGGUUUGACAUUUAUCCUAAGAUGUCAGUGCAAGCAAACAGAUGUCAAUGUGUUUUUCCUUUUUUUAAGAUAAUAUAUUGCUGUUUUGUUGAAAAUUUGUUCAUUUUGUAAAGUGUUUUUUGUUUUACAGUUAAAUUGUUGUUGUUUUUUAACUUUAGAUUAAGAGUUAUAGACCUCCAGAUCAAUGUUCCUUGGAGAAUAUAAUUACAUUUGUAUUGAUUAUUUCAACACCAUAUUCAGAGCUAGAGCCAUUCUUUUCAAUUGUGUAAUCGGGCAAAGGGUUGCCUUAAUGUCGUUGUGUACCAUGGAGUUGCUACCAUGUGAGACUAUGUGAGAUAAUGUACUUUUUGAGAUCAUAAAAAAAAAAGGUUGGGGUUCCUC